UCAAACAGGAAGAAGCUGGCCCAGCGUCUGCAGGAGGCCGAGGAGACCAUUGAGGCGACCAACUCCAAGUGCGCCUCCCUGGAGAAGACCAAGCAGAGGCUGCAGGGAGAGGUGGAGGACCUCAUGAUUGAUGUUGAGAGAGCCAACGCAUUGGCCGCCAACCUCGACAAGAAGCAGAGGAACUUUGACAAGGUUCUGGCAGAGUGGAAGCAGAAGUAUGAGGAGGGCCAGGCUGAGCUGGAAGGAGCUCAGAAGGAGGCUCGCUCUAUGAGCACUGAACUCUUCAAGAUGAAGAACUCCUACGAGGAGGCUCUGGAUCAUCUGGAGACUCUGAAGAGAGAGAACAAGAACCUGCAACAGGAGAUCUCUGACCUGACUGAGCAGAUCGGAGAGACUGGCAAGAGCAUCCAUGAGCUGGAGAAGGCCAAGAAGACCGUGGAGACAGAGAAGUCUGAGAUCCAAACCGCUCUGGAGGAGGCUGAGGGAACACUGGAGCACGAGGAAUCCAAGAUUCUGCGUGUGCAGCUGGAGCUGAACCAGAUCAAGGGUGAGGUGGACAGGAAGAUCGCUGAGAAGGACGAGGAGAUGGAGCAGAUCAAGAGGAACAGCCAGAGGGUGGUUGACUCCAUGCAGAGCACCCUGGACUCUGAGGUCAGGAGCAGGAAUGAUGCCCUGAGGGUGAAGAAGAAGAUGGAGGGAGACCUGAACGAGAUGGAGAUCCAGCUGAGCCACUCCAACAGGCAGGCCGCUGAGGCCCAGAAACAGCUGAGGAACGUCCAGGGACAGCUCAAGGAUGCCCAAUUGCACCUUGAUGACGCCGUCCGUGUCGCAGAAGACAUGAAGGAGCAGGCAGCCAUGGUGGAGCGCAGAAACGGUCUGAUGGUGGCUGAAAUCGAGGAGCUGAGAGUUGCUCUGGAGCAGACAGAGCGAGGCCGCAAAGUGGCUGAGACUGAGCUGGUAGACGCCAGCGAGCGCGUUGGCCUGCUGCACUCCCAGAACACCAGCCUUCUGAACACCAAGAAGAAGUUGGAGACUGACCUGGUGCAGGUGCAAGGAGAGGUGGACGACAUCGUCCAGGAGGCCAGGAAUGCAGAGGAGAAGGCCAAGAAGGCAAUCACUGACGCGGCCAUGAUGGCUGAGGAGCUGAAGAAGGAGCAGGACACCAGUUCUCACCUGGAGAGGAUGAAGAAGAACCUGGAGGUCACAGUCAAGGACCUGCAGCACCGCCUGGAUGAGGCUGAGAAUCUGGCCAUGAAGGGAGGCAAGAAGCAGCUCCAGAAACUGGAGUCCAGGGUGCGUGAGCUCGAGACUGAGGUGGAGGCCGAGCAGAGAAGAGGUGUAGACGCAGUAAAGGGAGUCCGCAAGUAUGAGCGCAGAGUCAAGGAGCUCACUUACCAGACUGAGGAGGAUAAGAAGAACGUUAACAGGCUUCAGGACCUGGUAGAUAAGCUGCAGAUGAAAGUGAAGGCCUACAAGAGGCAUUCUGAGGAAGCGGAGGAAGCAGCCAAUAGCCAUAUGUCUAAGUUCAGGAAGGUUCAGCAUGAGCUGGAGGAGGCUGAGGAGCGCGCUGACAUCGCUGAGACUCAGGUCAACAAGCUCAGAGCCAAGACCCGUGACUCUGGAAAGGGAAAAGAAGUUGCUGAAUAAACAAGACCAAAGUAUUGAAGAUCAAAGUCUUACCAUUUUCCUGUGUUUCAUAAAAUAUGGUUUUCAUGGUGAAAUGUUGAGCAUUGAUUAAAAACUUGUAGGCCUACAUACA